GCAACGGUUCCGUUUUCUUCUUUCUAAAACCCUAGCAACCAAACUCCCCUCUCUCUCUCUCUCUCUCUCUCUCUCUCUCCAUGGCAAUGGCCAUAGCCGAUCCAAACCCACCUCCCACAACCUCAAGGGUUAGCCCCAAGACCAUCCAGAAAGCUGUGAAGGCGCUUCUCAAAUGGCGAGACUCCAAAUCCCAGACCCAAAAACCUCAACUCCUCAGCGACGACGAGUUCUUCUACCUCAUACUCACCCUCAAGAAAAUCCCCACCCAAAUUCGCACUAACCCGUACAAAAUUCCAAUCCCACAUCCCCUUCUCGCUCAAGAGCUCUGCCUCAUCAUCGACGAUCGGUCUCACUCCAAUCUCGAUAAGGCCGCUGCUAAGUCCAAAAUCGAAUCUGAGCAAAUACCCAUCUCGAAAGUUCUCAAAUUGUCCAAGUUGAAAUCGGAUUAUCGCCCAUUUGAGGCCAAGAGGAAGCUGUGUGAUUCGUAUGAUAUGUUCUUUGUGGACAAGAGGAUUGUGCCGCUUAUGCCCGGUUUGUUGGGGAAGCAUUUUUAUCAGAAGAAGAAGCUUCCUGUGCCUGUGGACUUGACUCACAAGAAUUGGAAGGAGCAGAUUGAGAGGGCUCGCUCUUCGGCUUUGGUGUAUUUGAGGAGUGGGACUUGUUGUGUGGUGAAGGUUGCGAGGUUGAGUUUGGGGAAGAAGGAGAUUGCGGAGAAUGUGGUGGCUGCGAUCAAUGGGGUUGUGGAGAUUGUGCCGCGGAAGUGGGAUGGUGUGAGGUCACUGCAUUUGAGGCUUAUGGAGUCAGUGGCAUUGCCGGUGUAUCAGGCUGUGCCGGAGGUGACGUUGAAGGCUGAGGAAGUGGAGGAGGAGAAAGGGGAGGAGGUGGUGGAGAAGGAAGGAAAGGGUGAAGAGGUUGGUGCGGAUGAGGGGAAGAAGGGAGAGAAAGUGAAGAAGAAGAAGAAGGGAAGGAUUCAUGAAAUGAGGUAUAUGGAUGUCAAUAUUGGUGAUGUGUUUGAUGAAGAUCAGUUGGGGAGUGAUGAGGGUGAGGAUGUUGGUGAAAUGGGUAGUGGUGAAUUGGAGAGUAAGAAGAGGAAAAAGGGAGAUAAGAGUAAGACUGAGGGAAAGGAUUCUGGCAAGUCAAAACGCUUGAAGAAGUUGGAUAAGGCGAAGAAGGAGGAUGGCCUUAUAGAGAACAAUGAUGGGUUGUUGGCUGCCAAGGGAAAGAAGGAAGAUGGUGUGAAGAGAAAGAAGGUUGGGUUGUCUGUUGAAGAUGUGAAGUCUAGUGAAAAGAAGGUAAAGAAGGAGGAUGGUCUUAAAGAGAACAAUGAUGGGUUGUUGGCUGCCAAGGGAAAGAAGGAAUACGGUGUGAAGAAAAAGAAGGUUGGGUUGUCUGUUGAAGAUGUGAAGUCUAGUGAAAAGAGGUUGAAGAAUAAAGAUGGUCUUACAGAGAACAGAGAUGGGUUGUUGGCUACCAAGGGGAGGAAGGAAGAUGGUGUAAAGAAAAGGAAGGUUGAAUUACCUGUUGAAGACGAGAAGUCUAGUGAAAAGAAGUUGAAGAAGAAGAAGAGUGCUGAGGUGAAGUUGAAAAGUGGAGAGAAGGAGAUGAAGCCUAAGAAAAGCAAGAAAGCAGUGGAGUAAUUUGAUUUAGAAGACUAGAAGUUAGAGAUGGGCUGCUGAAUUUAAGGAAUUGUGCGGUUAAAGAUGCUAUUGUGAUGUUGGUCUGGAUUCUCAAGCUUGUGUACUGACUACUGAGUUUGUUUAAAAGUGAUGCCGAACUUUUUAUUUUUUGGUCUCAUGGAACCUUCCUUCCUCAUAGACAAAGGCAUGAUUUGAUAGCAUUCGUGCAAGAGAUCAGUGAUGAGCCAUGGCGAUAAGUCUAUUGACUAGCAAGGGUAUAGAUCAUCGGAAAUUGUAGAGUGGAACUAGUUUUUAGAUUAUUUUAUUCUUUAUUUAUACUGAUAAGGACGGGUGGGAUAGGCAGGGGUUGGUGCCUUGGUGGGUACUCUGUUUAGAGGGUUGAAGUUGGUCUUCAGGGUCAGAUGGUGUAGGACUCAGAUAUUCUACAGAAAGAAUCUCUACAAACUUUAACUGAGCUGUUGACAGUUUAACAGGGGAUAACUUAGGUCAUGAACUUCUACAUCAAGACGUCAUUUAUAAACUGCUUUAUUAACUUCAUCCAGCUUGUACUUGCUGCAU